AUUUAUCAUUCCUUUAUGUCCUUAAUAUUCUUUAAAGUUUGAAUAAUCUUCAGUAUUAAUAUAAACACCAUGGCAACAGCGAUUAAGCCAGAACGCCGUCGUACUACUCGUUGGGGUAGAAUAGACGAUGGAAAAACCAUGGUUAUCUAUAAUUCAACAAAUUCAUUUAUGAAUGAACUGAAGAUGUUGACUAACAAGGCAGAAAACUUCUCAAAUGACGAGGAAAAGAAGACGCGUUGGGGAAACGAAGAAGAAAAGCCAUUUUUGCCACCUCCAUAUGUUGAUUUACCUUCUGGUCUUACACCUUCCCAGGUGGACCAGUUCUUACGUGAACAAAGACAUGAUGAACUUGCCAGGAAAAUUACUUCUGGUGAAUUAGAAUUUGGUGAUCCAGACAUCCGUCCUCCAUCUCCACCUCCAGUUUAUGAUAAAACCGGAAGCAGGGUCAACACUCGUGAUGUAAGAACAAAAAAUGCAAUGAACGAUGAGUACAAUAGGCUUGUAGAGUAUCUUAUUAAACACCUACCAGGUUUUGUUCCACCUGCAGAUUUUAAACCCCUGAAAAAAGUUCGAAAAAUAAUUAUACCCCUCGAUAAAUAUCCCGAGUACAAUUUUAUGGGCUUGGUCAUUGGACCAAGAGGUUGUAAUCAUAAAAGAUUAGAAGCUGAAAGUGGUGCUCAAAUAUCUUUGAGAGGUCGUGGAACACUAAAGGAAGGAAAACAAAGGGAUCACCAAACAGAUGAAGAUGCCGCUAUGCCAAUGCAUGUUCAUAUCUCUGCGGAUAAAGAAGAGUGUGUGGAACGUGCUGUACAGUUAAUAGAGCCCUUGUUGGAUCCAUUCCAUCCAAAACAUGAAGAAUUUAAACGCAAGGGUCUGGAACAACUAGCGUUAGUCAAUGGCGUGGCGCUUGGAAUCGUAGAUGUUGGUCGUUGUAGUAUAUGUGGAGGGAGUGGUCACAGAGCCCAUGAAUGCCAAGAUGCACCUCUUUUGUAUAACUAUAGACGCGCUGAUGUAAAAUGUGCUCUUUGUGGUGAUAUGGGUCAUGUUACUAGUGACUGUAAAUUAGCACGUGGCAUGAAUAUAAGUCUGGUACAGCAAUACAUGCCACAAUAUACUCAAGAAGUUGUAAAAAUAGAUCAGGAAUAUAAUCGCAUGAUGACGGAAAUCACAGGAACAGAAGAACAGAAGCAGGAGGCACAACAGGCUCAACAAUAUCAGAUGGCGUACUAUCAACAACAAUACCAACAACAUAUGCAAUAUCAGCAACAGUACUAUACACAGUAUCAACAACAGUAUUAUUACCAGCAAUAUCCAUAUCAACAAUAUGGGAGUACGGCUCCUGUUGAGCCACAAAUUAUAAGUGCUCAACCCCCAGAGGGAGAAGGGGUUUUACCUCCAAGCAGUUAAAUAUU